CUGUAGUGAAAUCGUGAGCAAAUUCUCAGCUUUUCCAUCAUGAUUCUACUACCAAUAUUCUUUCUAUCGAGUGUUUUUUGCUUGUUGUCAAAUGUCAAUGGCUAUAUCCAUUUUGGAGUAGAACCAGAUCUUGAUAAUGAGAAUCCAGAAGGAGAAGCGGUCCAAAUCUUCCAUUCUCAUGGUCAUCGACGCGCUCAUUCGGGUUCUAGUUCAGAAUCUAAUUCAAAAUCUAGUUCCAGUUCCAGUUCUGAAUCCAGUUCUGGAUCUGACUCAAGUUCCAGUUCCGGAUCCUCUUCUUCUUCUACUUCCUCUGACUCAGAUUCUUCCGUUGACGAAGACUUUGACGAUUCAAAUUUACUGACUGACGAUGCAAUAUUGAAAGUGAGGUUUACGGCGUUCGGAGAUGCUGUCCAAGUGAGCCUGAAACGCGUCAACAGCCAAUUGGCUGGUUCAACUACACCUGUGUGGCUAGCCGAAGGAUCGGCUGGUAGAAAUAUCACUUUUAUACGAGCUCACGCAAAUGCUCUUGGGACAGCACUCCGUUUAUACCAAGAUCGAGAAACGGGUUCAUCAAUCCUGCUGACACGCGACAAUGAUGGGGACACGCAUUUCCUAGGAGUGGUAGCAGGAUACAACAUUCACCAUCAACCAUCCCAUAGGCUGAAGAAACGUUCGAUUGCACGACGAUCACCAAUUGACGGAUAUACAGCUUCAGAUUACCACUAUGUAACAAAAUAUUCUCGAAGAAAGAGGGCUGCUCUUAAUGAGGUUCAUUCAAUAAUAGAAUCCCGGCGAAAACGAGAAACUGCCGCUCCUGACACCACGAUUUAUCCGGAAAUCCUAGUAGCAACUGAUUACGACCUUGGAUUUACUUCAACAACGAGUGAGGAGUUCUACGAUCAUCUGAUCUACAUCUUGGCGUUCUUCAAUGGCGUUGACCUUUUAUUCCAAGACAUACGCAGUCCGGAUGUUCGUCUUCAUAUUGCUGGUAUCGUUGUCAAUGCUAACCGUGCUGCAGUACCAUACAUUCACAACAAUAUAGCAGUUGAUGGUUCUAUCAAUGGCAGGAAAGCGGCCGAAGACGCUGGACCCUUUUAUUAUACAAACCUCAACUCCUCUGAAUUUGCUGCUGGAUCGUAUGAUAUUGUUAUGACUCUGACCAACACUUACGUUUGUGAUGAAGUCGAAAAGGACAUUUGCACUCCGUUAAUAACUGGUGUUUCAACUAUUCAUCCUGUCUGCGAGAAUAAUUAUCCUGUUGUUAACAUGUCAGCAAUAAUCGAAGAUGAUUUGGCAUUUAGUGGAACACGAAUUGCUGGUCAUGAAUUGGGACAUAUAAUGGGAGCCGGGCAUGAUAGCGAUGAAGAUGAAGGUGGUGGCGAUUGUGAUUUUCACGAUGGCUACAUAAUGUCAAGAUACAAUGAGAAUAGUACAGUGAGUCUCAAGUGGUCAGCUUGCAGUAAGGCAAGAUUGAGGGAAGAACUGAGCAAUGCUACUGCUGAUUGCCUUCGCAAUCUUCCUAACUGGAAAAAGGAUGGAAAGAAACUGCCUCCAAUAUUACCUGUCAAUAUAAAAGGUGCCAAUGCUCAAUGUCGAAGUCUUGGAUUCGUCAAAUCUUGUCUGGGUCCUAACAUUUGCAAUGCGCUGCAAUGCACAGAUGAGCCGUUCCUGUUCAGCACAAACUGCGAACCAGCAGGAGUGCCAGCUGUGCAAGGAGCUUACUGCGGUAUUAAUCACCACUGUAUCAACGGCGAUUGCGUUCAAGUAAACGUGUCCAACUGUGAGGACGAAGCAUAAAAUCUGGCUGUGCAUAAUCGAACUAUGGGCAUAUAACUAUCCUCAUUUCACCUCGAACAUUCAUUGGAAUUAAAAUUGCUGCAGAAAUCAUAUUUGUUUUUCGAAUAAUGAAGUAGACCUAAUAAAUAUUCAUGUAGCAUGCA